AUGAGUCUCCCAUUCAAUCCCAACCGCAUCAAGCGCAACGCCCGCGCCUAUGGCUUCAACACCCAAGAAGCCGCUAUAUUCACUCACAUUGCACUCGACCAACUACGAGAUCUCAACUCAUCUUCCACCGAGCCCGUCACCCUGGAAAGAAUAGCACAGGCGAUCAAGCAAUAUGCCACCAAUGAGGUUGAGCGCGAAAAAGCCAUCAAGGCUGAAGUUCGAGACCGCGGCAUCUCCAUCCUCGACGACAUGGAGGCGGACCUGUUGGAGAUGGGAAACGGAGUAUACGAAUAUAAUGAAAAGAAGGAUCCCGAGCCGAGAGUAGUGGAAGAAGAGGCUGACGGCCAAACCACCAAGCGGUUCAAGUUUGACGACGACGGCCUAGAGCAGUACUUUGGCAGAGACGACCCGUACAAUAGUCAGCGAGAAUCCGCUCCCCUUAGCCUCAAGCACUAUAAUCAGGAUCUUAUCACCGCCAUGUGUUCUCGCGUCGAACUGGCUGUUGAGCUGGGCAAGCACCUCGCCCCUGAGGACAUGGUCAAUCUAUACGCUACGAGCCGCACGUUUCAUAAUGCCCUUAAUGAGCAUAUGCUUUCCAGUAUACGUAUGUGGAUUGACCACAGGGCCCCAGAAGCGGGCAAGGUAUUCCAGUUCCGUCUGUACAGGCGAUAUUUGGUGACUGAUCCUGCAGGGAGAACAUGGCAUGAACAGUGUCGAGGCUCGGACGUUGCGCGAACAAACCCUCGGCUCAUGACCCAAAUUCGCUCCAUUCCCGGCUUACGAUACCUUCAGCUCGUUCUGGGAAGGGAUAGAUGCUGCAGACAAAUUCUUGGAAUCAUGGCUCGCAAUGGCUUCCUCAUGCCCAAGUCGAUGCAUGGAACGCUCCUACGACUCUGGCUGCUAAUGGACGUACCUACCUCUGGCCAACGCCAGGCCUUCAUGCGCAACAAAGAAAUCUGGUCAAACGAGCACAUCUACAACGCGCAGAUGUUCUUCAUGAAGCUUCUCAUGGCGUUCAACGAUCCCACCUACGGUCCUGGUGGUUUCGAACUCCUCCACCUGAUUCUCGGUCAAAAAGGGCUCUACCCCCUGUGGCAGCUGCUCAUGCGCAAGAAAUUCACCACUCUCUCCGAGAUAAUCGACCUCCAGGUCCGGUAUCAAUUCGAUGCGCCCCCCGAGUUGGUCGCCAACCCUGACGGCGAGCAGACCACCAUCCACGGUGUUCCCCUGCAUGAAGUUGGGGUAGGGCACUACGAGGGCUGGGGCCUAGGGGACAACCAUCUCCUCCGUCCAGAUGAACUCAUCCCAAUAGAGGGAACGGCACGAACUCUCCAUCUAGAGGACCACCUAAUGUAUAUGAUGAUGUGGGGGUAUUGCGACACCCUAACCGGAGAGAAUAUCGUCCCCACGGAGGAGGAACUGUAUAUCUCUGAUGAGGAGAAUACACUCAAGCACAUGGAUACUUCGUAUCACUGGAGGAAAAAGCACGCACUGAAGAAGAAAUUCUUCCACCUGUCAGAGGAGGAGAAAGAGAAGAUUCUAGAUGACGACGAAGACGAUCGCCUGCGAGCGCUGGCUUGGACGGGAGAAGUGUCUGAAUAUGACUGCGAUGGAGAAAACCAGCUCUACACGCUCGACGAGGAAAUUGACCGUGGUUUCAUAGUUCGUCCUCCUCGCAACGAUGGCAACAAGGUCCGUGUGCCAAAGAAGAACGACAAGCAAGGCUGGGAGGAAUUCGUCAACGCGGCAUUGACGACGGUAGUUCCUGAAAUCAGCGGCGAUCAGGAGCUCAGAGCACAAGCCUGGCAUAAUUAUCAUAAGGAGCAUACGGACGGGGACUGGGACUGGGAGGCGUGGUUGGAUCAGGAGCAGGCUGAUAAAGCGAGGCCCAGAGAUGACAGCGAGGAAGCAGAGACAAUUGUGCUGGAGGACGAAGAAAUGCAUGACGAUGAGAGUGUAGACGAGUAUGAGACUGAGGAUGGAGGUGCGUAUGAUGAUGAGCAAGGGGAUCCCUUGCUGCGUGAGCUGAGUGCGUAUCUCAAUGGCCAUGGUGUCGAGCCUAGUGAGUCGUUGAAAAGACUACUUGGUAAUUAUGCUUAG